CCAUGAGAACCCCAAAGACACUCAUUCUACACAUGAACAGACAAGAGAUAGGAGAAAUGGAACGAGAAAUCUACAAGAGAAAGCUGAAGGAGCUACAGAAGGUGGUUGGUGAGAUGAGGCGAGACCUUGAGAUCGCCAGGAUGGAUGCCGAAUACAAAUUGGACGUGCAACGCAACACCAUGGACCAAGUGAUGGGACAGUGGAAGCUGGAGAGGAGGAGAGCAGAGGCCCAGAAGGAAAAAGAUCUAGAGCUCAGACAAAUCCGCAGAGCCUUUGAAGAAGCAAGAACAAGGGCAGAGGUGGAGGAGAAGACAGAGGAGAGAGGUCAGACCAGUUGCCGGCCACAGGUUGACAUGCUGUCAGAAGACCGAAAAAAGGCCAUUCGGAAGAAAGCUCGGGCCCUGAGACAGCAGCAGGAGGAAGAAAGAGAAGCGCAAGACAGCAAAAUAAAAAAUCUGGGGGAAAGACUAAUCGCUUUGGAGCUGCAGAAGAGCAAAGCACCUGUAAACACCGUCAGUGAAAAAAGGAGAAAAGCUUUUCUGAAGAAAGCCAGGGCUCUGAGGGAGAAGAAUGAGCAAGAAAGGGAAGCGCAACAGCACAGGAUUGGAGAUCUGGAGGCAAGGAUAGCAGCUCUGGAGCUGGAGAGGAGAGAGGCACCCGUAGCUGCACGAGAGAAAAAAAUGGCCAGCGCACGAGACUUUCACUCUGGGGCCUGGACGACGGGUGAGAAACCUCAGGACAACAUCUCGAAAGUCCUCCUUACAACAGGAUCCAUUGAUGCAAAGAAAGACGAGGUGGUGAUCAAUAUAGAGGAAGUCAGCGACGGCCAGGCCGAUGCACAGGCAGAUGCAAAGAAAGACGAGGUGGUGAUCAAUGUAGAGGAAGUCAGCGACAGCCAGGCCGAAAACUUUAAGGGGCAAAAGCCAAGCUCUGUGCGGAGUUGGAUAACUAAGAUGUUGGGCUUUGGAGGCCACUGAGAGCCGAGGACACUGAACACACACCCCACUCAAAACACACUCGCACAUACCCCACUCAACACACACACAUGCUGAACACACACACACACAUACUGAACACACGCGCACACACACACUAAUAAAAAUACCAAAUACUAAAACAUAAUAAACUCUGCAUUGCCUUCUUCUGGUAGCUCAAAAUUCAUCUUCCGAAGAUGACUAUUCAUUAUCAAUCAGAUCACUACCAAUUGGUCAAUCAAUUCCUUAACACAAUUUAGGAACGGUUUCAACAUAUUAACAAUCUGUACAAGAGGUGUCUGGAUCCCGACCAC